AUGGAUGGCCAGCUGCUGCCGGUGCUGCUGCUGCUUCUCGGGGCCUCCGGCCUGUGGGGACAGGGGCCAGGGCCUGGGGGUCCCUUGGAGGAGCCCCCCGAGGAACAGCCCCCCGAGGAGGAGCCCCCGGAGGAGGAUGGGGUCUUGGUGCUGAGCCGGCACACCCUGGGCCAGGCCUUGCAGGAGCACCCAGCCCUGCUGGUGGAAUUCUAUGCCCCGUGGUGUGGGCACUGCAGAGCCCUGGCCCCUGAGUACAGCAAGGCGGCCGCCCUGCUGGCUGCAGAGUCGGCCAGAGCCAGGCUGGCCAAGGUGGAUGGGCCCGCGGAGCCAGAGCUGGCCGAGGAGUUUGCGGUGACAGAAUACCCCACGCUCAAGUUCUUCCGAGACGGGAACCGCACACACCCGGAGGAGUACACUGGCCCCCGGGAGGCCGAGGGCAUUGCCGAGUGGCUGCGGCGGCGGGUGGGGCCCAGCGCCAGGCGGCUGGAGCAAGAGGAGGACGCCCACGCGCUCAUGGACGCCCGGGACGUGGUGGUCGUCGGCUUCUUCCAGGACCUGCAGGACAGGGACGUGGCUACCUUCCUGGGCCUGGCCCAGGACGCCCUGGACAUGACCUUUGGCCUCACCGACCGGCCGCAGCUCUUUCAGAAGUUCGGCCUCACCAAGGACACGGUGGUCCUCUUUAAGAAGUUUGACGAAGGGCGGGCAGACUUCCCGGUGGACAAGGAGCUGGGCCUGGACCAGGGGGACCUGUCACGCUUCCUGCUCACGCAUAGCAUGCGCCUGGUCACAGAGUACAACAGUGAGACAUCCUCUAAGAUCUUUGAAGCCAGGAUCCUUAACCACCUGCUGCUGUUCAUCAACCAGACGCUGGACGCCCACCGGGAGCUGCUGGCAGGCUUCCGGGAGGCGGCUCCCCCCUUCCGGGGGCAGGUGCUCUUCGUGGUGGUGGAUGUGAAUGCCGACAAUGACCAUGUGCUCCAGUACUUCGGCCUCGAGGCCCGGGAGGCCCCCACCUUGCGCUUCAUCAACGUCGAGACCACCAAGAAGUACAUGCCAGAGCCCGGGGCGCUGGUCACCGCUGCCGCCGUCACAGACUUCUGCCGCAUGGUCCUGAGUGGAGGGGUCAAGCCCUAUCGCUUGAGCCAGGAGGUCCCCCCAGACUGGGACCAACGGCCAGUCAAGACCCUCGUGGGCAAGAAUUUCGAGCAGGUGGCUUUUGAUGAGACUAAGAACGUGUUUAUCAAGUUCUACGCCCCGUGGUGCACCCACUGCAAGGAGAUGGCCCCAGCCUGGGAGGAGCUGGCCGAGAAGUACAAGGACCACGAGGACAUCGUCAUCGCUGAGCUGGACGCCACAGCCAAUGAGCUGGAGGCCUUCCCUGUGCACGGCUUCCCCACCCUCAAGUACUUCCCAGCAGGGCCCGGGCGUAAGGUGAUUGACUACAAAGGUGCCAGGGACCUGGAGACCUUCUCCAAGUUUCUGGACAGCGGGGGCGAGCUGCCCACAGAGGAGCCUGCGGAGGUGCCCGGAGCCGCCUUCCCGGAGAAGCCAGGAAACGCCACGGAGCCCAGGGACGAGCUGUAGCUGCCCGCCGUCAGCACCCACCCAGGAGCUUGUCCGGGGCCGCGAGAGCAGUCGUGUGAAUAAAGAGCUCUGGUCUUG